AUGCGAUUCACAAACAUUUUCCUCCCUCUAUUUGCGGCUCCCAUGGCUCUGGCUGUCGCUGCCCCAGAACCCAACCCCGUCGCUGCCCCCGCGCCGGCCAGUACCUCCGGCCUCCUAAGCACAAUUACCGAGCUCGAGAGCCUGCUCACCGAUGAGAACAUCAACAACCUUCAGACUAUCAUCACCAAUGCUGCUAAGGUCCUUUCCGAUGAUAAUACCAACACACUACAGACCAUCUUGACCAACGCUGGAUCCUUGUUGACCAAGGAGUUUGUGGAUAACACCACUACUUUGAUCGGAGAUGCUACACCGCUUAUCGAGGAUGUGUCAAAACUCCUUGGAUCUCUGCUUGGGUCACUUUGA